AUGCCAAGGGAUAGAGACCCGCUAGUUGUGGGUCGGGUUAUAGGUGAAGUAUUGGAUCCAUUCACAAGAUCCAUUGGGCUUAGAGUUAUUUACAACAACAGAGAAGUUUCUAAUGGCUGUGAGUUUAGGCCAUCUCAAGUCGUUAACCAGCCUAGGGUUGAUGUCGGUGGCGAUGACCUCCGCACUUUCUACACUCUGGAGAUUGUAUGCUAUGAGAAUCCUCGUCCGUCUAUGGGCAUCCAUCGAUUUGUGUUUGUGUUAUUCCGUCAGCUAGGGCGUCAGACAGUGUAUGCACCGGGCUGGCGCCAGAAUUUCAACACCAGGGAUUUUGCCGAGCUAUAUAAUCUUGGUUCUCCUGUGGCAGCUGUUUACUUCAAUUGCCAAAGGGAAAGUGGCUCGGGCGGGAGGAGA